AUGGCCAAUAACAGGACCCUGAAAGAGUUGGCGGCACCAGAUUUGAAUCAACAAUCUCUUUGCAUUAAUUUUCCUGAUUUAGAUGAAAAAACGACCUUUGAACUUAAAUCUGGACUAAUUCAUUUAUUGCCUUCAUUUCAUGGUUUUGCAGGUGAGGAUCCACACAAGCAUCUCAAAGAAUUCCAUAUAGUUUGUUCAAGCAUGAAACCUCCUGGAAUAACAGAAGAACAAAUCAAGUUGAGAGCCUUUCCAUUUUCAUUAAAAGAUGCAGCUAAAGAUUGGUUCUACUACAUACUUUCUGGAACCGUCACUACAUGGGAGGGAAUGAAAAGAAUAUUUUUGGAGAAAUACUUUCCUUCCUUAAGAGCUGCCAAUAUAAGAAAAAAAAUUUGUGGUAUAAGGCAACAACAUGGAGAGACUCUUUAUGAGUAUUGGGAGCGUUUCAAGAAGCUGUGCGCAAGCUGUCCACACCACCAAAUCAGCGACCAACUUCUAAUCCAAUAUUUCUAUGAAGGACUCUUUCCAACUGAUAGAAGCAUGAUUGAUGCAGCAAGUGGCGGUGCGUUGGUUGACAAUACACCGGAGGCUGCAAGAACCUUAAUUGCUAGCAUGGCAACGAAUUCUCAACAAUUUGGCACUAGAAAUGAUGUACCAACACACAAAGUAAAUGAGGUAAAGGUUUCAUCUAAUGAGCAACAACUAUCUGAACUCACCUCUAUUGUUAAACAACUUGCUGUAGGGAAUAUACAACAAGUAAAGGCUUGUGGGAUAUGUUGCAAUAAUGGUCACCCAACAGAUAUAUGCCCAAUGCUGCAAGAUGGAGACACGGAGCAAGUGAAUGCUGCUGGAAACAUCCAUAGACAAUAUGAUCCUUUCUCGAGCACAUAUAAUCUAGGGUGGAGAGAUCACCCUAAUCUCAAUUAUGGAGGGAACAAGCAACAUAAUUUCUUUCCAAAUAGGCCGCAAGGUUUUCAACAACAAUUUCAGGCCAAGCAACAACCUUCUUCUAACUCAGAAGAUUCGAAGUUCAUGAUCAGUAGGGACAUUACCUUUGAUGAGAAAUCCAUGAUUGCUAGGGCGCCCAAGGAUGAUGACGUUAGAACUGUUGGGACUUUAAAGUCCCAGGUUAUUGAGAUAGAACCUAAGGACCAACCAAGUUCUAGUCAUGUUCAAGUGGGAAAUCAGGUAGAUGAUGAGCUUGAGGAGGAGGAAGAUGAGCCGGUCUCAUUCAAGGAAGCUAUUUGGGAUAGAGAUAGCGAGAAUUGCAUUCAAAAUCUGGAAAAACAAAUGAGUCAGAUUGCAACUACUGUUAAUCGUCUUGAAUCUCAAGUUGGAGGGAAGUUGCCAUCUCAACCUAAGGUAAAUCCAAAGAACGUUAGUGCAAUGACAUUGAGAAGCGGUAAAGAAGUUGAGGCACCAAAGAAGGCACCAAAGAAGGUCAUCUCCACGAUGAAGAACGAUGAAGAAAUUGAGAAGGAAAUUGAAAAAGAAGGACAUUCUAUGCAAAAACUGAAGGUAAACCCUUCAACUCAUGUCAAAUCUAAUCUUCCACCUUUCCCUAGCAGAUUAGCAAAGACAAACAAGGAAGAUAAAGAAAAAGAGAUUCUAGAAACCUUCCGCAAGGUUGAAGUCAAUAUUCCUUUGCUAGAUGCAAUCAAGCAAGUGCCAAGAUAUGCAAAAUUUCUCAAGGAGCUAUGCACUAACAAGCGAAGAUUGAGAGGAGAUGAAUGGAUCAAGAUGGGAGAAAAUGUGUUAGCUGUUUUCCAAACAAAACUUCCUCCAAAAUGCAAGGAUCCAGGUAUGUUUACCAUUCCUUGUAAGAUAGGCAACACUAGAAUUGAGCGAGCUAUGUUAGACCUUGGAGCAUCAAUAAAUGUCAUGUCACGAUCUGUUUAUGCUUCUUUGAAAGUAGGUCCAUUAAAAGAAACUAGUGUUAUCAUACAAUUGGCUGACCGCACAAAUGCUUAUCCUUAUGGGGUAUUAGAGGAUGUUCUUGUGCAAGUAAAUGAGCUAUUGUUUCCUGCAGAUUUUUACGUGCUUAAUAUGGGUGAUGAUACCUCCCCUAACCCCGUACCCAUCUUGUUAGGAAGACCAUUUCUUAGAACCGCAAGAACUAAGAUUGAUGUCCAUGAUGGUAUCCUCACAAUGGAAUUUGAUGGUGAAAUAAUCCGUUUUAAUAUUUUUGAUGCCAUGAAACAUCCUAAAGAUACACAUUCUGUCUUUUCUGUUAAUGUUAUUGAUUCCAUAGUGCAGGAUGUAUUUGAGUUGAAUUGCAGGGAUGAAUUAGAAGUUGUUUUAAUGGAGCAUAUUGAGUUGGAAACAACAAGAGACGUAAAGUUUAGCACAGGAGUGGAAGAGAUGAUGGCGACUUUGCAUUCCUUGAACCCAAUCUCAAAAAGGUAUGACUUAGCUUCUAUUCAAUUGCAUAAAUCUCACCGGAAGUUGUUGCCAUCUGUUUUGCAGGCACCCAAUUUGGAACAGAAACCUUUACCCACACACUUGAAGUAUGUGUACUUGGGGAAUAAUGAGAUGCUUCCAGUAAUUAUUUCAGCAGCAUUAUCUCCUACUCAAGAGGACAAAUUGAUUCGAGUACUCAAGGAUCACAAGGAAGCAAUCAGAUGGACCAUAGCAGAUAUCAAGGGAAUAAGCCCUUCCAUGUGCAUGCAUCGAAUCUGGCUUGAAGAAGGUGUGAAACCAAUCAGACAAGCACAACGAAGAUUAAAUCCUCCAAUGAUGGAAGUAGUAAAGAAAGAGAUUCUUAAAUUACUAGAUGUUGGGGUAGUUUAUCCAAUUUUAGAUAGUAAAUGGGUAAGUCCAGUGCAAGUGGUUCCUAAGAAAUCUGUGGUCUAACAAUCUGGAGUGAUAGUAAUUACAAAUCAAGAUGGUGAGUUAGUUCCUACUCGUGUUCAAACUGGGUGGCGGGUUUGUAUUGAUUACAGGAAACUGAAUUUAGUGACCCGAAAAGAUCAUUUUCCUCUUCCUUUUAUUGAUCAAAUGCUUGAGAGAUUGGCUGGCCAUGCUUACUAUUGUUUUCUAGAUGGACUUUCAGGUUAUUUCCAGAUUGCAAUUGCACCGAAAGAUCAAGACAAGACUACUUUCACUUGUCCAUUCGGUAUGUUCGCUUAUCGAAGGAUGCCUUAUGGUCUUUGUAAUGCUCCUGCAACUUUUCAAAGGUGCAUGGUAAGUAUAUUUUAUGAAUACGUAGAAAACAUUAUUGAAGUGUUCAUGGAUGAUUUUAGUGUCCACGGUGAUUCAUUUGACGAUUGCCUUGACAAUUUAACAUUAAUUUUGAAAAGAUUAGACAAGUCUAAGAUAGACCUUAUUUCUGCUAUACCUUACCCCGCAAGUGUGCGGGAAGUUCGGCCUUUUCUUGGACAUGUAGGAUUCUAUCGAAGAUUUAUCAAGGAUUUCUCAAAGAUUGCUUCGCCGCUAAGCAAAUUACUGCAGAAAGAUGUAACUUUCGAAUUCAAUGAGAAAUGCAAGAUGACAUUUGAUCAAUUAAAGGAACUUUUGACAUCUCCACCAGUGAUUCAACCUCCAGAUUGGAACCUUCCAUUUGAGCUCCUGUGUGAUGCAAGUGAUUACGCAGUGGGAGCAGUUUUAGGUCAAAGGAUUGGCAAGGCAUCCCAUGCUAUCUAUUAUGCCUCAAGGACUCUCGAUGCAGCACAAUUGAAUUACUCAACAACUAAAAAAGAACUUUUGUCUAUUAUAUUUGCCUUAGAAAAAUUCCGAUCAUAUUUAUUAGGAACUAAAGUGAUUGUUUAUUCUGAUCAUGCAACUUUGAAAUAUUUACUUACCAAGAAGGAAGCAAAACCAAGGUUGAUUAGAUGGAUUCUCCUCUUGCAAGAGUUUGAUUUAGAGAUUAGAGAUAAGAAGGGGUCAGAAAAUUUAGUUGCAGAUCACCUUAGCCGUUUGAUUCGUCCAGAAGAUAAUCGUCCUCUACAAGAGAUGUUUCCAGAAGAACAAUUAUUUUCUACCAAGUUGACACAUCCAUGGUAUGUAGACAUUGUAAAUUAUUUGGUUACUAAUGAGCUACCUACAGGUUUGUCAAAGGCUAGGAAGGACAAGCUUAAGAGUGAAGCUAAAUACUUUGAACGGGAUGACCCUUACCUUUGGAGGCAUUGCUCGGAUCAAGUGAUAAGAAGGUGCAUCUCUGAUGGUGAAUCUUAUGAUAAUUGCCAAAGAACUGGUAACAUAUCCCACAAGAAUCAAAUGCCACAAACCCCCAUACUUGUUUGCGAAAUUUUUGAUGUUUGGGGUAUUGAUUUCAUGAGACCAUUUCCUGCAUCCUUUGGCUUUACUUAUAUCUUGCUUGGAGUUGAUUAUGUUUCUAAGUGGGUGGAAGCUAAAGCCACCAGGACUAAUGAUUCUAAGGUUGUUGCAGAUUUUCUCAAAUCAAACAAUUUUGUCAGAUUUGGAAUACUCAGGGCUGUCAUAAGUGAUAGAGGUACUCACUUUUGUAAUAGGACAGUGGAAUCAUUAUUUAGAAAAUAUAAUGUGAUGCACAAGGUUUCGACUUCCUAUCAUCCACAAACAAAAGGUCAAGCUGAGGUGUCAAAUAGGGAGGUCAAAUCUAUCUUGGAUAAGACGAUUCAUCCUAAUCGAAAGGAUUGGAGUUUGAGGCUAGAUGAUGCAUUGUGGGCGUACAGAACGACUUACAAGACACCAAUUGGUAUGUCUCCAUACAGAUUGGUGUUUGGUAAGUCGUGUCACCUUCCUGUUGAAUUAGGGCAUAAGGCGUAUUGGGCAAUCAAACAAUGCAACAUGAAUCUAGAUGAGGCCGGCGCACAAAGGAAGCUGCAAUUGCAAGAGAUGGAGGAACUACGAAAUGAUGCUUAUGAGAAUGCAAUGAUUUACAAGGAAAAAACCAAAGCUUUUCAUGAUAAAAUGAUCUCUAGAAAAUACUUUAAAAUUGGCUAG